CACAAAAGCUCUCAACUUCUCUAUCUUCUUUUUUUUUCAUAUUCACUUACAAGGGUUUAAUUCUCUUCAAAUAAUUCUUGAUUCAAUAAUGGGUGAUCUUCAAAAUGAAGUUGAAGUUCCAAGAUUUUUCAUUUGUCCGAUUUCACUCGAGAUCAUGAGAGAUCCGGUAACACUCUCAACGGGAAUCACAUAUGAUCGCGAUAGCAUUGAAAAAUGGUUGUUUUCUCAAAAGAACGAUUUUUGUCCCGUAACCAAACAAGUCGUUGUGGAUAUCGACCUCACACCGAACCACACCCUUCGUCGAUUAAUCCAAUCUUGGUGCACUCUCAAUGCCUCAUUAGGAGUCGAAAGGUUCCCUACUCCACGACCUUCGAUCUCCAAGACCGAUAUCAUAAAACUUCUCAAAGAAUCAAAGUCUCCUCAUUUGCAAAUGAAUAGUUUAAAAAGACUAAAAACAAUCGUUUCCGAGAACGAAAAAAAUAAACGGUUGAUGGAAUCAGUUGGAGCAACUGAUUACCUAACAACCAUCUUAAACAACAUGUUUAAUGAUACUAAUGCCAUGACGUCAUCUUCACCGGCUGGGGAAGUCACCGCAGCCGAUGAAGCAUUAAGUAUUCUUUGCCACCUUAAACUCUCAAAAACGGGUCUCAAGUCUUUAUUUGGAAAGACGGGAGAUUUUGUAGAAACAUUGACGCGUGUGAUGCAACGCGCCACCAGUUAUGAUUCACGUGCUUACGCCGUUAUGCUACUAAAAUCGAUGUUUGAGGUGGCGGAGCCCAUGCAAGUGACGUCACUAGACCCUAAAUUCUUCAUGGAGCUAACACAAAUCUUGAAGGAUCAAGUUUCUCAAAAGGCAACAAAAGCAACACUUAAACUACUAAUAAAUGUUUGUCCGUGGGGCCGAAAUAGGAUCAAAGCGGCCGAGGCUGGGGUAGUCAGGGUGUUAAUUGAUACCCUUUUGGAUUGUACCGAAAAGAGGGUAUUAGAGAUGGUUAUGAUUGUAUUGUAUGAGGUUUGUCAAUGUGCGGAAGGAAGGGCGGAUUUAUUGAAACAUGAAGGUGGUUUAGCGGUCGUUUCCAAGAAGAUUUUUAGGGUUUCGCCGGUGGCAAGUGAGAGGGCGGUGAGGAUAUUGUAUUCGGUGGCGAUGUAUUCCGGAAACGCGCGUGUUGUGCAAGAAAUGUUGGAGGUAGGGGUGGUGGAGAAGCUUUUGUUAGUGUUACAAGUUGAUUGUGGGAGUAAGAUGAAGGAGAAAGCAAGAGAGAUUUUGAAGGUGAAUUCUAGGGUUUGGAAGAAGUCUCCUUGUGUGAUAUAUGAUUUAGGUACUUAAAUAGGUACGAAAGAGCUGAAUAUAAAAUAAGGAGCAUCAUCAUCCAAUAUAUGUCAAGAAAGGAAUGCUGGCUUUAGGCGACGACUCAACUAAAGUGAAGCCAUAUAUUGUCCGUCGAGAAUCUUAAACCUGCAACACCAAUCUUUACAUUAAUUAAACAUGUGUUACUUUUAAAUUUAUUUCAAUAUGUACUAUUAUAGAAAGACUUCUAACCGUAGUUUAAUAAAUAAUAAAAAAAUAAGAAGUAUAUAUAUAUA